UCAAGCCUUGUGAUGAUUGCCACGUCAACUUCUCCCUCCAUUGGUGAGGUCAACUGCUCAAAGUGCCUGGCUUCAGGAUUUGCCGUAUCUUCUUCACCGGCACUCCAACAGUGGUCAUUUUCGUUCUAGCAGCUGUAAUUUUGCACACUAACGAAUGACAACUCUCCGAACUCCCAAGGUCGUCAAUUCGUUAUCUUCUCUGGCUUCACGAUUUGCUGUAUCUCCUUCCCGAUCUCGUUCUUCCUCGCCCUCCUCUCUCCCCACCCCAGCUACGGCGUCGCCCUCUGGGAGUCUUGCCAGCCAUGGAAGCGUCGCCGAGCGGCGACGCUCUCCUGUUCUCCAUCGCCAUCGCCACCACCUUGCUCAUCGUUGCCGCUGUCUGGAACAGGCGUGUCCGUGGGCACGACAACAACGGCGCGCCGAGCCCGCCAUCGCGACCGCUGCUCGGCCACCUCCACCUGCUCGGCAAGCCGCUGCACCGCUCGCUGGCCGCGCUCGCCGCCGCGCACGGCGCCGGCGGGGGCCAGCUGGCGCCGCUCCUGUCCCUGCGCCUGGGCGCGCGGCGCGCGCUGCUGGUGUCGUCGCACGCCGCGGCCGAGGAGUGCUUCACGGCGCACGACGCCGCGCUGGCGGGCAGGCCGCGGCUGCUGGCCGGGGAGCGGCUCGGGUACGGGUACACCACCGUCAGCUGGGCGUCCCACGGCGACCACUGGCGCGCCGUCCGCCGGUUCCUCGCCGUCGAGCUCUUCUCGGCGUCCCGCCUCGCGGCGCGCGCCGCCGACCGGCGCGCCGAGGUCGCCGCACUCGUCCAGAGCCUGCUGCUCCGUGACGACGCCGCCGCCGCCGGACCAGACGACGCGUCCCGCGCCGCCGCGGUGACGCUCCGGCCCAGGCUUUUCGAGCUGGUGCUCAACGUGAUGCUGCGCUCGCUCACCGGCGCGCCUGGGCACGGCGACGACGUGCGCAGGAUCCAGGGGAUCAUCGAGGAGACCUUCGCGGUGAGCGGCGCCCCCAGCUUCGGAGACUUCUACCCGUCGCUGCGGUGGAUUGACCGUCUGCGCGGCGUCGAUGCGGCUCUAAUCCGUCUCCAGGCCAGACGCGACGCGCUCGUCGCCGGCCUCGUGCGCGACAAACGGCAGAGUCGCAGAGCCGGUGGCCGGCACACGGAGAAGAACGGCGCCAUUGACGAACUCCUGUCGCUGCAAGAAAUCGACCCCGAGUACUACACUGACACUGUCAUCAAAGGUAUUGUCUUGAUACUGCUCAGUGCCGGCACGGACACAUCGGCGCUGACCACUGAGUGGGCAAUGGCGCAGCUGCUGACGCAUCCGGAAGCAAUGCGGAAACUGACAGCUGAACUGGACACCAAUGUCGGCACAUCCCGGCUGGUGGAGGAGUCGGACAUGGCGAACCUGCCAUAUCUGCAAUGUGUGGUCAAGGAGACUCUCCGGCUGUGCCCCGUCGGUCCGGUCAUCCCAGCGCACGAGGCCAUGGAGGACUGCACCGUCGGUGGGUUCCAUGUCCGGCGUGGCACCAUGAUCCUCGUGAAUGCUUGGGCGAUUCAUCGGGACCCCAAGUUAUGGGAGGCGCCGGAGGAGUUCAGGCCGGAGCGGUUCAUGGACGCUGGCAUGGUGACCACGGUCACCGCCCCCCUGCUGCCAUUUGGGCUUGGCCGGAGACGCUGCCCAGGGGAGGGGCUGGCAAUGCGUCUUGUUAGCUUGACACUGGCGGCGCUCGUCCAAUGCUUCGACUGGGAUGUCGGUGAAUGUGGUGGUGCUCCUGACAUGGCUGAAGGAGUUGGACUGUCUAUGCCUAUGGCGAAGCCGUUAGCGGCAGUAUGUCGGCCCAGGGAGUUUGUCAGUAGCAUGCUAUCUGGAUCAACAUGAAUAACAGAACAUUGGUUUCUGAAUGCUUAAGCUAUUCAGUUACCUAUGAUUGUAACUUUGUAAGUAAGUAAGAAUGCUUCCAGCUAGAUGUGCAUGAUAUAUCAAAUGUUGUAGCUUAUUCCAGACUCCACUAUGCAUCUGUUCAUGAAGUGAGACAGAAAAAGAUAAAAUGUCAGUUGCAAUUAGUCUUCAAAGUUCCAAGCAAUGAUGUAUGUCCACUGAAACUGAUUUCAGAUUUUAAACCAGCAGUGCCCUCCGAUCCAGAUAAUGAACCAUUUGGGAAUGCCUCUGAAUUUCUGAUGGUUCAAAUGAUUCAGAGAUUAUGCAUCUGAUGGUUAACUUGACCCUUCUUACUUUCGAAGUUCUGACAAUUAAGAUUAGCUGUCUGAUUCAGAUUUCAGAGACAAUCUUAUAUCUAACACAGAAGACCAAAACAUG